CACACAUGAUAUAGAAAGAAAGAAAGAAAGAAAGUAUGGAAGAGAAGAAGAAGACGAUGAUGAUGACUCUCAAUAGCCCAGAGAACCCCAGAAAUGAGUCCUCUGGUGAGCCCAUAACCACCUCCACUUGCCCAACCUGGAAGCUUUACGAAAACCCUUUUUAUAAUUCUCACAAUCAACCUCACCACAAUCAUCACAAUCACAACCAACAUCAAAAUCUGACGGCUCAGAACUGCGUCUACCAGAGAAACACUAGUCUUCAUCAGUGUCUACACCUCCCUCUCUCGGCCCGCAAGCUCGCGGCUUCUUUCUGGGACCUGACCUUCUUCACGAGGCCCGCAAUGGAGUCGGAACUCGACAUGGCUCGAACCCAGAUCAUGGAGCUCAAGACGGAGCUCGAGUACGAGCGGAAGGCGCGGAAGAAGCUGGAGUCCAUCAACAAGAGGCUGGUUAAAGAGGCCGCCGAGGAGAGAAGAGGAAGAGAAGCAAUGGAGAAAAUGUGUGAAGAGUUAGCCAAGGAGAUUUCCUUUGACAAAGCCGAGAUAAGCACGAUGAAGAGAGAGAUUGAGGAGGAGAGAAAGAUGUUGCGAAUGUCGGAGGUGUUGAGGGAAGAGAGAGUCCAGAUGAAGCUCGCCGAGGCGAAGAUUGUUCUAGAAGAAAAGCUCUUGGAAUUGGAAUGUUCCAAGAGGAUCAUAUCAGAAUGCACUAAUACCAGUACUACUACUUCUACUACUACUACUUCGUCGGCGUUAAAGAGCAAGGAAAAUGUGGCUUCUAGAGCAGUUUCUAGUUUCUCGGGAAAAUUCAGACAUUUUGUGAUGGGAGAGAAGUGGAUUUCAAAUGAUGAGAUCAAUAAUCGUGUAGAUUCAAUGGCAUCGACAAGGUCAGUUUCUAGUCAUGAUCAUAAUCACAAUAACAACAUUAAGUACUCCUCAUCAGCUUGUACUGAAGAUAGCAGUGAGUCAGUUUUGAGUGAGAAUUGUAAUAAUAAAUCUGUGCCCAUUUUCCCGAGAAAAUUGUUGGCAGAAACUGAGAAUCCUCACAUAAAGAGAGGGAUCAAAGGGUUUGUGGAAUUCCCAAAAGUGGUUCGAGCGGUUGGGUCCAAAAACAGGCAAUAUUGGGGUACAAAAUUGGAGUGUCAAAAGGCUCAGCUAAGAAUUCUUCUCAAACAGAAAAGUCCAAUCAGAUCCAAUAGCCUCAUUACCAGUUAAAAGAAGAAGAUCAAUUAUGCAUCUCUGUAUAAGGCUUGAUUAAUUCUAUUUUGUUCUUUUUUUAUCUGUAAUUUUGUUUUUGUUUAAUAAACCUU